AUGACCAAGUCACAGAAAUCAGCAACAUCACGGAGGCUAAUUCGCAUGCUUGUGAAUGCAAGAAUUAAGGGACUUGGUGAAAAAUCUCACCCCGAGGAGACUGGACGGAGAUGCACAGAGCGAUGGCGGGGAUCGGGACGGGGCGCGUUUGGCUCGAAGGAUGCUGGCGUGCAGGGACGGGGCGGACCCGGGACGACGGCGUGCUGGGACGGCGCGGUGCCGCCGUCGUUUGGAUCGGGGAAGCCAGGGACGGGCGCCGGCGAUCGGAUCCGGGCGCGGUUCGCCGCCGGAUCGGGCGAUGGCGGGGCGACGUGGGCGGGGCGCCGACGAGGCCGCGGCGAGGGGCGGAGGCGCGGGGCGCUCGGGAUCCUCCAGAUCCGGGCGGCGGCAGAGGUCGCCGGCGGGAGGCGCGGGCGCUCCGGCGAUGAGGCCGCGGCGGCGCUGCGGUGGGGCAGCGAGGAGAAGCGGCCGCGGGGCGCGCCGGCGAGCUGGCGGCGGAGGUCACAGGCGGCGCACCGCGAGGAGGCGGCGGGGACGGCGAGCUCCGGCGCGAAGGCGCACGUCGACGACGGCGGAGAGGUGGCCGGGGCUGGAGUGGGCGACGGCGGCGGAGGAGCGACCGGGCGCGGGCGGCGACGCACGGGCCGGCCGGCCCAGAUGCGGCCCGGAGCGGGCCGGCUGCGGGCUCCCGCGGGCCGCGGUGGAGGAGGGCGCGGGGAGGACGGCGGCGGCGCUGAGGUGGCGGGCCAUGAUUGGCCGGAGUGA